UCGUCGAGUAGUGGCGAUUAGGUCGGGAAUCGAUCCUGCCAGUGGACAGCAAGAUUCAAUGGCGGCUGCUUUGCUUCUUCGCUGCGUGCUGGGCCCGCGACUCUAUCGCCUCCACUGCCGCGGCGAGGGAUCGGGCCAUGACUACCAGCCCAGCGCGCUGGAGCGACGGUCAGACGCACUGCUGCAGUGGGCCUCCUGGGCAUGGAGUUUUACAUUUUACUCCUCUCCCCUCCUCGUGGGCUUCAUGUACCGCAGAGGUCUCUUACACUGGGACCGCACGGCCUCCUUCACCCAGAUCCUGGGCUCCGUCAUUCUGCUGCUGCUGGGGGUGACCUGCCUACGUGGUCUUGGUCGGUGGCAGAACCCGGAGUACCUGCAGUUCAUCACCGUGCUGGAGCAGACCAAGCAGAGGAAUGCCUUCGACAACAAGAAACUGCUGGCGCGCUACGAUUUUGAGUUCUCCGCUUGGCCCGUCGACUUCUCCUGGAACGAGGGCAGCGAAAAGGGUGCCACGCGUGGGCCCGGGGCUCCACUCCUCAGCUCCGCCGAUGCACCGCGUCCACGCGGAGGCCUGGCCUGGAUACGCAUGCUGCCCUGCCAGAUGAUCAGCUACAUGCUGGCACACACGUUGGGCCGGCGCCUCGUGUUCCCGGGCUCCGUGUCGCUACUGCAGAAGAUGGUGGCACCCCAGCUGCUACAGGGACGAGCCAAGCUCAUAGAGGAGCACCAGGGCCAGCGCGCGUGUCUCCUGGCCCAGGACGGGAAUCGCAUCGACACAGUGUUCAUUGACCGUCGCAGGCAGGGCAGCAGCCACGCUCGCACGCUGGUCGUCUGCAGCGAAGGGAACGCUGGAUUCUACGAGCUGGGAGUCAUGGCUACGCCACUGGAAGCCGGAUACUCCGUGCUGGGGUGGAACCACCCCGGAUUCGCAGGCAGCACGGGCGUUCCGUUCCCGCAGGCCGAAGCCAACGCAAUGGACGUGGUGAUGCAGUACGCGACGGAGCGCCUCGGCUUCCAGCCAACACAGAUCGUACUCUACGCCUGGUCCAUCGGAGGCUUCCCUGCCACCUGGGCAGCCAUGUCUUACCCAGAAGUCAGUGGGCUUGUGCUGGAUGCCUCGUUUGAUGACAUCGUGCCCCUGGCCACCAAGGUCAUGCCCAGCAGCUGGGGCUCGUUGGUGGUGCGCACCGUCCGUGACUACCUGAACCUCAACAACGCAGAUCAGCUGUGCAGGUACCCGGGCCCCGUGAUUCUCAUUCGGAGAACGCGUGACGAGAUCAUCUCCACCACCCCCGAGGAUCCGUCCACCAACCGUGGAAAUGAGUUACUCCGCCAGCUUCUCAAGCACCGAUAUCCCAAAUUGGUGACCAAGCAAAGCAUGGAGUCUCUGAGGCAGUGGCUGGCUGUGGGAGACCCAGUGAACGAAGUGACUGUCUACAGUGCACACCGCGUGGAUGAGGAGUGGUGCGCGUCGCUUCUCAAGUCCUACGCCCACGAUCAUCCUGCCGGCUACCCCUGGUCCAUCGGGGAGGAGCUGUCGGAACAGCAGAAGACGCAGCUGGUCAUGUACCUGGCUCGUAAGUACAUGAAGAAUGUGGAGAUGACGCACUGCUCUCCGCUACCCGCCAGCGAAUUCACGUUGCCCUGGGUUCCCUGAGCCUGCUGCCCCUCGUCACCCCAACUGCCCCCGUCCCAGCUGCCCUCGCCUGCCCCGUCAAUGCGUUUGAGAUUCCAGCGCCAUCGCUGCUCCUGUCCGCCCGGACACAAGACGAGCAGCAGCCCGUGACUACUGCUGAUGAGUCGGGGUUAGGGGAUAGGGUUAUAGUGAAGGGAUUAGGGGAUAAGAGUAUGGGCAGAGUGAGGGGAUUUGGGGAUGGGGUUAGGGGUAGAGAGUGAGGAGGUUAGGGACUGGGCAAAGGUGAUUGGGUUGGACACACGGCUAAUGCAAGGCAUUGGGUUUGGGUUGAAGAUGGGGUUUUGCAAUUUAAUUUCAAGAUGUAGGAUCAGAGGCAAGGUUAGGGAUACGCAUUCGUGAGGAAUAUAUAAAUAGUGUCAGCAUUCGGGAUCGGGGUAUUGCUAUGGACAGCGUUGGAGAUAGGAGCUUUGCUUUACGUACAAAUCUGUUGAUGUGAUGGGGUUCGGGAUAGCAUCCGAGGUACGCCUUGACAUCUGGGGUUGUGGUUGAGGUUGGAGAUGGGAUUCGGAGUUCUGGCUGUGCAUGAUCACUAUCCCCUGUAACUACAACUGCCACCUCCGCCAACAACAGCACAACUGCCACCACAGCCACCAAAAGACAAAGGUCCUCUGUGUCGCCUGAACAAGACUGUUGGGGAAAGUGCUGUUAGCGAGUAGCAGCGCCUAUGAAGGCCAGCACAGCACACGAUGGGGUGGGUGGACAGCACCACGCCCGACCGCCUUUGUCUCUAUAGUUGGCGAUGUUUACUAGACACGGCAUCAGGUACUGGUUUGGGAGGUCGUCGGGUUGGGAGGCCGUGAGCGGGAAUCAAACUCUGUCGGGUUCAUAGCGCAACGCACUAACCACUGCGCCGCGGCUUCCCACACCAUCACCACCACAAACACCACCAUAAUCACCACAAACACCACCAUCACCAAACACCACAACAGCUACCACCACUACAAUCACCACCAUCACCAAACACCACCACAAUCACCACCACAACUACCACCACCACCGACGCCACUUUGUGUGCGAAAGAAGUUCAACACAUUAUUACAUCGGUCUCCGUUGCAACGUGCCCAAAGUGAAUUUCCACGUGAACGGGGAAAAAAAUAAUUAUCUUUUCGUGUUUUACAUUAAUAAUUUAUUCGUCAAUUGCGUUAACGCGAAAUGUCGCGAGGCGGGGAACGUUCGUUGGUAGAUCGAGGGGCGACCCUCGCGUCGUUUGUAGAAUGUGCAGGCAUUGGUGUCCGUCUCGACCCUCCGAUGAGGUCUCUCUGUGGGUUGGAGAUAAAACCCGGAGUGGAACCCCCAGGCUCUGGGAACUCUAGGGGACAACUGCUCGGCUGCUGACUUCCCCGCGACUUCCUGUUUUGCAUUCUCGCGUAUUGCAUUUUGGGUAACGGAUCAUUGCAAGAAUCAAAUGUUCAAAUUAUUACUAUCGCAACAAAAAUCUCCGGUAUCCAAUGGAGAGUUUGCUGGUUCAUUUAAUAUGCCGGUUAUCUGCGAGUUAUAUAUACAUACUUAUGAUUCAGAAAAUUGUCCAAGUACAUACAAUACACCUUUUCAAGAAAUAAACUUAAGCCUACAUUUUUUUUGUAACUGUGAUAUAAGAAAUUAUAUAUUUUCUUUUUACAUCAGGUACUGACAAGCCACACUAAGUUGAUUGGGGCCGUUUAGAGUGUACAGGAUAGAGUAGUACUGUACUGUAUGUUGAACUUCUUUGGCACCGUACGUAGCCAACCGUUGCUCAUCGGAGGUGUGGAGAAGGACAACAAACUAAACGCAACAACCAAUUGUACAUAAAUUAGUUUUCAAUUUAGUAGCUUAUAGUGUAGUUAGCAUAAUGUGUAGUGUAUGUAUGUUGAACUUUAGUUUUCAAUGUAUUAAUAGUGUAUAGUGUAUUAUGUAGUGUAUAGUGUAGUGUAUGUUGAACUUCUCUCGCACCGUACGUUAGCCAAUCGUUGCUAAUCAGAAGUUGCGUACAGACUGCCGUGAGCGACAGCUCCCUGGCAAAACGGAUCUGACGUGAAGCGCACGCACUGCAAGAUGCCCGAUGGCUGUCGGGAAUUUAUUUUUUCCGAAUACAGAUGAGGUAAGAUUCGUCUCAGAUUUGUCUAAAACUAGUUUAAUUGUUUUUUUUUUCAUUUUACCAGGUAAAGCCCACUGAGCGAUGUAGUUAUUUUCCAGAAGCGACCUGGCCACAAAUGAUAAUAGCUCAACUAAGUGGCUUAUCAUCAUGUGGACAUUGAUAGCAGCCCAAAUCACCUAAAGGCACGCUUUUAAAUGUGUAGGGGAAAACCGGAGGAUCCGGAGAAAAAUUCACGCGACCACGGGGAGAGUGAGACGCACAACUCGUGAAUACACAACGGGCGUCAGGCUGGGGAUUAACCCCCCACCACCUUUUGUAUUCCAGGCGGGAGAGUUAAGGAGCCGUCCAUAAAUGACGUCACGCACCUGGGGGGGGGGGGUUGAGAAAUGUGACGUCACAUCAAAAUGCGCAACUUUAAAUAUAGACAACACGUUCUACUCAAUUA